CUUCUUAUUACUAUGAACAAAGUAUUCCUGUUCUUUUUUAUUCAGCUACAUAAACAUUUGAACCAUCUCGGGUUAUUUGGAAUACAUUUGAAUUUUGUCCGUAAACAUAUACUUCUUCAGAAAUUAAACUAUUACAACACAAUCGAUAUGGAAUCUAAUAAUUACAUUAAUGAAUACAGGAUCUACAAAAACAGGUAUAGUUAAAAUUGCGUUCAAUUCUAAUGUGCCCGGAACAGUUUGAGCUGAUAAAUGUUGUACAUACAAUAUCACCAACUGUUACACGUUUAGAGAAUCCAGUUUGUCUAUAAAGCACUGAUCUACGUUAAUGACUCCAGUGUUUAAUACAUAGAGCACCAAUCUAAGUUAUGAAAUUAAGGAAAACCAUACUGUGUGACAUUUUCUUUGUAAUACUGGUAUGGAUUUUAAUAAACAACUAUCCCAGAAAUCAGCGGAAAAUGCAAAGAUUAAAAAAACAGACGAAAUUAUCAAACAGAAGCAAGGAGAUCAUAACAUACAACGGACGGAAUAUCUCAACGGAUUUUCAACUUCUUUAUAUGAACGUAUCAACUGAUAAACUGGUGGAUCCUCUCAUUCACAAACAUCGAUAUAGUUCGUUACUUUAUACCGGUUCAAAGUGUACAGAAAAACAUGUAUUUUUGCUAGUUUUUGUUUUUUCAGCAACAUACAAAUUCGACGAACGUCAAGUUAUAAGGAAUACAUUUGGAUCUAUUUCAAAAUUUGACAAUAAACAUAUUGAAUAUGUCUUUGUUCUUGGGCAAACCGCGAAUGAUACUCAGCAAAUGGACAUUGAACAGGAAAGUGUCGAAUACAGAGACCUUAUACAAGGAAAUUUUAUAGACAGCUACAGAAAUUUAACAUAUAAAAGAGUGUUUAGUUUGUUCUGGGUUAAUAGAUUCUGCAACAAUGUGACUUAUGUCGUAAAAAUUGACGAUGAUAUCACCAUUAACAUUCCAUUUCUAAUUCCUUAUCUCAGCAAAAAAAUAAACAAAACAAAGGUUUUAGAAUGUUUUUAUCUUAUAGAGGCGAGACCAUAUCGUGAUCGUCGUUCUAAAUGGUAUAUGUCUCUGUCUGAAUAUCAGUUUGCAACGUUUCCUCCUUAUUGUGCAGGACCUUCCUCUAUUAUGUCCGCUGACGUUAUAAGAGGGAUGUAUGAGGCGACAACAAUUAUGCCUUUUUUUUGGCUAGAAGAUGUCUAUGGUGGUGGAUUUUUACCCUGGAUUUCACGUAUACAAAUAGUUCAUCCGAAAUGUUAUAUAAAAGAUUUGAGAGCAAGUUUGAAAGACAAACCAUGCCAUUUAUUUUACAUUAAUAAUAUUAAGAAUGCUAGUCAUCCAUAUAUUAUGUGGAAAACAAUAUCAAACUUUACACAAAACCGUCUGUGUAAAUGCAAGUAAGUGACUUUCGUGAUCACUAGUUGAAUUCAUCUAAAAAUUUGAAAAUUAAUUUUUUUGGAAAAUAAAAAAAAAAAUUACAGAAAAAACAAUUUUGAUCAUAUUUUAUCCAAACAUACAUUUUAGAGAGGAACAUACAUUUCACAAAGUUAAUCAGAAAGUGUUCAAGUUUAAUGAUCUGAAACUCACAUUUCAUAAGUCUAAUUUGAAGCCUGGCUUUUUGUCAAUAUAGUACAAAAAUCCGGAAAAAUGUAAGGAACCUUCGGCUUUUGCAAUACUUUUUGUCCGUUUUGGUUUUUUGGCUCUUAAUUUUUUUUUGGCUUUUCAAAUAUUCGAGCAUCACUGAAGACAUUUAUUAUCGAAAUGCGCGCCAUACAUUUAAUGUUAUUUGACAAAUGAGAAAUAUCAACAUAAAUCUAAUUGAAUUAACAUUUUGAAUUGGCACCAUCUUUUUACCAUUUACUUGUUUUGACAAUUAAUAAAUCGUGCAAAGGCUUA